CUUGUGUUUGCUGUACGUUCUACGGAUUAAUACCGAGUCGGGCGGGCUGGUCCAUCAGUCCCACCUCCUCUUCUUCUUCUUCUUCACUUGUGCGCUCUGUGCGUCUCUAUCUGUCUCCCGUUUCCUUCCUCCAGGCGGUCUCUCGGUUCCCUCGCCGGAAUAUGAGCGAUUCCUCCCUGGGCACUGACACUCUCCCCGGCAGCAGGACGCAGGAGGGCAGCAUGAAGGUGAAGCAGAGCGGGGGGCAGGUGGUGGCAGGGGGCAGCACGGAGGAGCAGCUGCUCAGACAGCCUCACAUCACCCCGGAGGAUGUUCUGGGGCUGCAGAAGAUCACAGGCGACUACCUAUGCACACCUGAAGAAAAUAUCUACAAGAUAGAUUUUACCAGGUUUAAAAUCCGCGACAUGGAAUCCGGAACUGUGCUGUUUGAAAUCACAAAACCUCCCGCAUCUGAACGUGAGCAGGGAGAUAAAAAGGACGUGGACCCGAACGCUGGCCGAUUUGUUAGAUACCAAUUUACACCAGCUUUUCUUCGACUACGCCAAGUUGGAGCCACGGUUGAAUUUACAGUUGGUGAUAAGCCUAUUAAUAACUUCCGAAUGAUCGAGAGGCAUUAUUUUCGUGAUCAGCUCUUGAAAAGCUUUGAUUUCGAGUUUGGGUUCUGUAUCCCGAGCAGUAAAAACACAUGUGAACAUAUCUAUGAAUUCCCACAGCUCUCCGAGGAUCUUAUUCGUGAAAUGAUCAUACACCCCUAUGAGACACAAUCGGACAGUUUCUACUUUGUGGACAACAAGCUUGUGAUGCACAAUAAGGCAGAUUAUUCAUAUAGCGGAGGCCCCUGAGCCUACCAUCGAAAGAUAAAAACACAUGAAGCAACAACAUUUCCUUUCCCCAUAGAGAUUAUGCAUCUUAGUAGGCGUUUUGUGAUUGAGCCUAAAUCUGUUAUCCCAGCCUUUAUUUAGCCCGUGCAAGAACAACAUACGCAAUGGAGUGGAUACCUUCAGAAGAAGAAUUGUUACAAAACGAAUGUAACAUUUGACUGUUUUACGAACUUUCUCUGCAGUUUUAAUAAACAGCUGACUUCAUGCUUGCAUAAUGGGCCAAGGACUAAUUGAAGUCCUUUUUUUUUCUUUUCUUCUUUUUCAACCAACUUGUCAUAUGACUGGGGCACACCCAUGUUUGCAGCUCUUACGUUUUACUUUUCUUCUAUUGUGUAAAACGUUUUGCACAUACAGAGUCCAUUUUAUGGAAUUUAAGCUUGGACCAAAUAUGAAAAUCCAAGCCAAAGAUCUAAUAGGUUCUUCCUCUUUGGGCUUCCCCUCUUUAAUAUCCAAUAAUGUACACACCACUCAAUUGUUGACUAAUUUUCCACCGGUAAUUAUACCAAACAUAUUUUUUGGUCAACCAAGUUUUGUGUCGCCCUAGGUAUCUCUGUUAAAAGCCUGUAGGUAAAACAACUGUGCACGGGAUCGAUAGAUUAUUUUUGGGCUGCACUAAUUGAAUGGAAAAGUAAGUAAAUCCUGUUUAUUAAUGUGCAACACAAAGUGGGCAAUAAAAGGUAGAAGUAACUGGAAAACUUUAUUUGUCUGAAAUAGAAUUUUAGAUUAAAUUAGAUUUAGAACAAAUUAGAUUUAACAAGUUGUAUUUUUUUUUUUUUUUUUUUAUUAUAAAUAUUUUGAUGUGUAUAUACUACGGUUUAUUAUAGUUUAAGAGAUUCCUUUCACAGCCAGGAUCUGUAAAAUAAAUGUAUAUAUAUAUAUAUAUAUAUAUAUAUAUAUAUACAAUACAUAAAUUGAUCAAUAUACAACAAAGCAAGCAAUAGAUUGUCCAAAGCUGUAAAAACACAAGUCUUAGAUGAAAAGGCGAUAUAGUCCUAUUUUAUGCUCUAACUAGCUUACUCUGCCGUUAUGUCAAAAAAUCCCACUUUUGACUGGUUCUCAACGAAUUUAUUUACUGCAGACUAGUAUACAAUGCAAAUUACAGAGUGAAUUCGGCAGAUUAUUAAGGAGAUUAAAUUACAGCAAAAUCUCAUAAAUGCAUUUUAUAGUCUUAUUUGAUUAUUAUAAAUGAGGCGACUGUAGUAUUUAAAAUAUGCUAAACCCAUAUGUUUGGUCAAGAACUACGUGUAUCUCACAUCACAUCCCAUCUCACAGAAAAAAAAAACAUUAUAGAUGGGCAGUGUUACUUUUGUAACUAAUCCUUAUAUAAAACACAUCAAGAGAUCAUAGUAUAACUCAAAAUAUAAAUAAUUGUAUUUUAUGGUCGUCAUUUGCAUUAUAUAAAAAAAAUUAUAUAUAGACCAGGUAUAUCUGCUUCCUUUUUAAGGGAAUCCGAAGAAUGUGCAUGAAUAUUUUUAUAUUUUUCUAAAAUACAGAAUAUAACUUUUCAAUGUUCUCCGGACACUUUGUUUCCAUAGAUGCGGUUUGAGUAAAGGUUUGAAUGUUUAAAUUGCUAUGAAUUCUGCUCAUCCAUCAAUGGUGCAAAAGUGUGUUUAACAAGAAGCAGUUUUCAUUGUUUACCUUACUGCUCCGUAUACAAAACUCUCACAGCUUAUUUUAAAAAAGAAUUCAAAGUAAAAGUCAAAUUUUAAGCAAAAAUAGCUAAUCUUGAACACCAAGCUGACUUGGUGAAUCUGUUAUUUUAGCCUGAAUUUUGCAUUUCAGUUUGCAAUUCAAAGCUUCUUGCUAUCUAAGGAAUAACCCUCACUGUAGUGUCCAUUUGAUAUAAAUAAGUACAUUUUACAAAGAGAAAAUAUCAGACAUGUGCAAUAUACGUUCUUUAGAUACACCUACAAUAACAUGCUGGGGCUACUGAAUAAUUAACAUGGUAUAUACAAUUAUUGUGGACAAAAUUACUCAAACAUAUUGAGUUUCUAUGGAUAAGGAUGGAUAUUUAAUCAUGGGUAACCUUUUUAGCUAGUUGAGGUUCUGAAUCAUGUGGGGAUUACAGGCUAGUGAUCCCCAAUCUAUUAAAUUACUAACUUCUCUGAUAUAAUGCACAUCUGAAUACUUGGAGUAUUUAAAUAAGGUAAUUUAACUAUGUAUAUAACAUCAUGUAUUUUUUUUUUCUUGAAAGAGUAACUUAUUGACGUCAGACAAUAUUUAACACAUAUACUUGAUGUACACACCUUGUGUAUUGAGAUUUUGCCACUGCAGGUUGUAGAUAUUUACAUCCAUAAAUAUAUAUGGUUAUCUAUAAUUGAUGUGUAUAUGUCUAAUUUUGGUAUAAGUGGACCCUUGAAUGCAAACUUCAGUAGAUGUUUGUAUUAAUGUGUUCCACCAUUGGUAGUGGAAUGUCUACGACCUUGUUCGUAUUGGAUAAAUUAUUGUAAAACAGUUUGUAUAAUAAGGCUGUGCUCUAAUAUUGUUAAUUUACAUCAUACUGAAUCUGACGCUCUCAAUCAAUCACUGCCUGGUCUCUACCAGUGAUUGGUUGAGAACAUUGAAGCUCUUGAUCUAUCACUGCCUGCU